AUGACGAGAGGAAAAGGAGGAAAGCGAGAGCAUGGACCGCCUCCUUCUGUUUUUCCUUUGUGGUAUGGUGGUGGUUGGUGUCUGUCGCUGGCAGUGGCAGGAGCAAAGGGGCGUCAGAACAUUGGGCAAGAGGGAGUUACGAGGGAAAAGAACAAGGACAUGACCGGGGGCAGGAGCGACAGAACAAACAGGGAAGGCGAGGACCACAAAAAGUGGGUGCCAGUUGUAUCUUACGUAGCCAGCGAGAGGCCGUGGCUACUUCUGGAUUGGGACGAUUUGAGACCUGGACAGUCGCUGAAGCUCGUACUCGGGCGGAGCGAAGUGGUGACAGUGCAGGAGAGGCACCUGGCACCAAACCACACCCAAGCGCACAUAAGUCUGGGACGAGCAGGUCAGGAGAGUGACAGGGGUGUGGGCGCAUCCAUGCAUGGACAAAUGAAAGUGCGGGAUAGAGGGGGUGAAGGGUGUGCCAAUAGCGAUUGGACUGGUAACAGGGGCAUUAAUGGCCGUCCGACGCCUGUAGAGCGUGGAUAG